AUGGCUCCCAAGCAUGCUGCUUCUUUCAAGGCUGGUACUGAGCCUAAACACAAACAAAGAAUGAUGACAAUCGCUGAGAAGAUGAAACUUCUGCAUAUGCUGAAGGAAGGGAGAACUUUCGCUGCCAUAGCCCGCCAUUCUAACGUGAAUGAAUCCACCUUUCACUACAUCAAGAAGGACGAAGCUAACAUUAGGAAGACGGCUGCCAUCAUCUUUAAUAAGUCAGCAAAGAGAGUGGUUAUGGCUCAUAAUACAACUAUCAUCCGUAUGGAAGCUGCUUUGGCUGUAUGGAUAGCCGACUGCCGAAAGAAGAACAUAGCCUUGGAUACGAAUAUCAUCCAAACAAAGGCUAGGAGCCUGUACGAGACUUUCACCACUAAGGAACUUGAGGACGACAGUGGCGACCAUGAACAAGAGGAAGAAGAUGAAGACAACAUAGAACAUCCGCAACUAGGGACAUCCAGUGAUUCACAACCUAAAAAAAUGUCCUUUUUCUGUUAA